AUGAAACGAACCCAGCAGACCUCGAGUAGAAGUGUAACAACCAAGAAGUUGAUAGUCAGUGAUUAUCGGAGGAGCUUGAAAAACAAUAUCAGAUCUCUGAGUGAUAACCUUACUCAUAUUCUUCAUGCAUCAAAGGUAAGUCAUUUUUCUUUUUGAUUGUAUUUUAGGUCCCUUUGGAAGAAUCGGCAUCUAAGCCAUCCAGUUCAGGGCUGAUGGCUGACCAUUUUACCCUGGGAAAUGAAGUAGUGAGUCGAACAGCAUUGAUGGCGAGAGCAGCAGAUGAACUUCUGAAGCUCACAAACAGUAUUCGAGAGUUUUUAAUUCUCAGAGAUUUUAAUUUUAUUAGUCAGGCCACUGAAACGUAUGUUAUAUACCUAAAUGUAUGUAAUUUUUGUUAUUCAGGACUCAAGAAAAUGCCAAAACUGAGCUUGAUGCAAUGUUCGAGGAUUAUGACAAGUUCAGAUUGGAGCUCGCUAAUGUCUCAGCUGAUAUUGACGCUGAAUUAAGCGAUAAUUUCGGAUUGAAGGGAUAA